UCUGCUUUGUCUUCUCCCUUCCCCUUUCCUUUUUGUAGUUUCAUCUUCAUUUGCAUAUGUAUUUGUGUUGUGUGUUUGCUUUAUAACUUUGAAGCUCCAACGCCUAUGUGCUUUUCUUUUGUUUGUUUAUGAAAACACAACUACAAGAAGCAAAGAAGAGCAGAAGUAGAAUCUGAAACCACCCUUAAGUUUUUAGUUUAUAACUAGAAACCAAAAGCUAAAACAACUCACUCUACCACAUGCAACUCAACCCUUUUUAGUUUUUACUACUUCCUUCCCACUACUGGCUAGCUAGCUACCACUGAAGAAAAUAAAUGACUAAAGAAGAAGACUUUAAGCUCCUCAAGAUCCAGACUUGUGUUCUCAAAGUGAACAUUCACUGUGAUGGCUGUAAGCAGAAAGUUAAGAAACUCCUUCAGAGGAUUGAAGGUGUUUAUCAAGUAAAUAUGGAUGCAGAGCAACAGAAAGUCACAGUUUCAGGGACUGUGGAUUCUGCAACAUUGAUCAAGAAAUUGGUCAGAAAUGGGAAGCAUGCAGAGCUUUGGUCCCAAAAGUCUAAUCAAAACCAUAACCAUAACCAAAACCAAAACCAAAACCAAAACCAGAAGCAAAAGAUCAACUGCAUCAAGGAUGACAAGAAGAACAACAAUCAAGGUCAGAGGCAAGGGUUGAUGAAGGGGCUUGAGGCCUUCAAAAACCAGCAGAAGUUUCCUGCAUUCAUGUCUGAGGAAGAUGAUGAGUAUUUUGAUGAUGAUGAUGAAGAUGAUGAGGAGGAUGAGUUGCAAUUUCUCAAGGCAAACCACCAACUGGGUCAACUUGAUUUGCUCAGGCAACAAGCCAUGGAUGCAAAUAAUGCGAAGAAAGGUGUCGGAGGUCUGCCUGCUGGCGCCAACAUUAACAAAAUGAACAACAAUGUUGGAAAUGUAAAUGCUGGAAAGAAAGGGAACCCAAAUCAGGGUAUGGGAGGAAUGAAAAACUUUAACCCAAGUGGGAUUGAUCCUAAAACUAUUGCAGCUUUGAAAAUGAACAGUGUUUUGGGUGGUGGUGGAAACAUCAAUGCUGGUGGAGAUGGCAAAAGGGCAAAUGACAUUAAUGCCAUGAUGGGUGGUCGUGGUGGUUACCAUGGAAAUGGUGGUAAUGUUGCCUCAACUGCUGCUGUUUUGGGAGGGAAUCCCAAUGGUCUAGGAGGGUUUCAACCCGUUCAACCCAACAAUGGGUACCAGAAUUCAGUAGCAGGAGGAGGGUUGACAAAUGGAGGCUAUGCUACCGGUCAGCAAUAUCCAUCAUCCAUGCUCAUGAACAUGAAUGGUGGAUACAACCAUCCAUCAUCACAAAUGAUGAUGAAUAUGAACAUGCAAAACAGGCAUGCCAUGCAACAACAACCCCAAAUGAUGUAUCAUAGGUCCCCAUUCAUACCUCCUAACACAGGAUACUUAUAUAAUUAUAACCCUGCUCCAUAUCCAUACCCUGAACAACCACCACCCCCAAAUUAUGGUGGUGACCACUCAGCUGCUGCUCCAUCAUCCCAUAUGUUUAGCGAUGAAAACACAAGCAGCUGCACAAUAAUGUAAUGAAAAGUAUGUAGAAGAGAGAGAAUAAUGUUUGACUUAAAAUUCUCUCCUUAUUGAAACCAGUGACUUUUGAAGACAGUAUUCUGUAAUAGUAGGGUUAGCAGUAGUAGUGUGGUGUGAAGGGAUAGG